AUAUUUUCACCCACAAACUUUACAGACAAACUCUGCCUACAUUUGCUGGACCAUGAGCACUAAAUGACAAUAUACAAUAAACAUGAAGCAGAGGUCUAAAACUGUCAGGGAAUAUUAUUUUCAAGCAUGUCAUGGUGUGAUGGUUUUUCGUUGUUCCAGACCAAAAUCGAGAACAUAAAGCAGGUGAAGGAGUCAGAGACUGAAUCAAUGCUCAGGACCCAGUUUAAGAUGGAGAAGAUAAUCUACACCCAAGACAGCAUGUAUAAGAAUAACCUGCACAUGCUGAAGAUCAUGGAGGAAGAAGAAGAGAGACAAAAGUUUGGUGUGGUUUGCCCGCCUUCUCAAAGGUUGUACGAUCACGCAGACAGUGAAGGCACUCUUGAGGAACUGACACGUCACCUGAAGUCCUACUAUUGUAUUGUGACUAAGCGCCUGGCGGACCAGGUCCCAAUGGUGAUCAGGUACAUGAUGCUUCAGGAGUCAGCGGCACAGCUGCAGAGGGAAAUGAUACAGCUCAUACAGGACAGACAUAACAUCGAGGAGCUGCUGAAAGAAGAUCAUGACAUCGCCAUAAAACAGAAUAACCUGCAUAGCCGCCAGAAACGGCUGACAGAGGCCCUCAAAUACCUGGCUAAAUUUUAGAGCCAAUCAUAAAUUUUAACACACAAUCUGUGUUGGUAAAUUUUGGUAGAAUUCUAGGUUUUAGAAAUGAUGUAACUGUCAAUCACUGAAGGAACUGCAAAAUCCCUUUAUGUUUUUGUUUGUUACUACAUUUUCAAGAAAACACAAAGCAAUUUUCUGGUAAAGCAGUUUCUUUCUGUACUGUGCUGAGUCUGUCAUCUUUGAUUUUUUAAAUGUUUUGUACUGCUUUCUAGUCCUUAAUACAAGUUACACUUCCAAAUAAACAAUUUUAACGGCA